AUGAACUACGCUUGUUCUGUAAUUAGUACAAAAUCACAGGUUGUUUCUUUGAACGAAACAUGGCUUGAUGAGAAUAUCUCAAACGAUGAACUACACCUUUCUGGCUAUAAUAUUAUUAGAAGGGACAGAGAUUCUUUCGAAGGCGGAGUGGCAGUUUAUAUUGACGAGCAUCUACAGUUUAACCACAUACACGUGGAAGCUCUCUCUAAUAUUGAAGCUCUCUGGUUUGAAUUUACACCGACAAAAAGCAAGAAAAUCUUGUUUAGCAGUCUUUGUAGACCACCAAAUUUUGAUCGUUCUGUUUUCUCGCAAGAGGUCGAAACAGUCUUAGUGAACUAUUAG